UGCCACUUCAUUCUCAAGCAGUCCUUUAAAAUUUGAAACUCCCGACUUUUACGUUUCCAAUUCUGAAAAGAAAAAGUUGGUUAGGGAUUUUGAGGAUGAGUUCCACCGGAGGAUCAGCGAAAGGAGGGAGAGGGAAGCCCAAGUCAUCGAAGGCGGUGUCGAGGUCGCACAAGGCUGGGCUUCAGUUUCCCGUGGGGAGGAUCGCCAGGUUCUUGAAAGCUGGCAAGUAUGCCGAACGUGUCGGUGCUGGAGCUCCCGUCUACCUCUCUGCCGUGCUUGAGUACCUCGCUGCUGAGGUACUAGAACUUGCUGGAAACGCAGCGAGAGACAACAAGAAGAAUCGAAUAGUUCCAAGGCACAUACAGUUAGCAGUGAGGAAUGAUGAGGAGUUGAGCAAGCUUUUGGGUUCAGUUACAAUUGCAAAUGGGGGUGUUUUGCCUAACAUUCAUCAAACCCUUCUUCCCAAGAAAAUGGGAAAGGGUAAGGGUGACAUUGGCUCUGCUUCUCAGGAGUUUUAGGCCUUAGUUUUGAUUUUUUUUUUUGUUUUUUGUUUUUUAAUGCUUGUAUAAUAUAAGCAGGUUUUCUUGAUCUCCUUUUCUUAUAUUUUGAGCAAAUGUAGUUGCUUAUUGAUGUUAAUAUAAAUGUACUUUUUUUAAAGAAGUUCUUUCUCAUUGAUUUGAGGCUUCGUUUGUUGGAAAA